AUGGCAAAAGGCGCACGUGCAAGCAGCAAGAAGGCGAACCGCACCAAGUUGCGCGCCCGCGUGUUUGGUCCCGCAGACAAAGCCCGCGCCGAGCGCAUCCACGCGAAACUUCUUGAGACAAUCCAGCAACCAAAGCCCGAGAAGACCAACAUGGACACCACCGAGGAUGCUACCGCGGCGACCAAAGAGGAUGACUUUCCCAAAGGUUCGUCUUUCCUCACUGCCCCCAUACCACACUCCCUGUCAGACUCUUCCAACACCAAGUUUGACCCCACACGUGACAGCUGUGAGCUGAGAAAUCUCUGCUUUCAGCUGGGGCUGUGCUCUGACGUCCUUGGCUUCACCGAGGAAGGAGCACUCCAAGUUGCCUUUGACCCGCUUCCACCACACUGGUUGAACAUGGAUGUAGACGGCGCUGCCAAAACCUCCACCAAGAAAGGAAACAAGGACAAGAGCCAGACGCGGAAACAGCUUCGCCGGAAGUCCAUAAACAAGAUCUCUUUCCCAGCCUCGCGAGGCAAGGGUGCCCUGAAGCCAUUCACCGGUGGCCGCGUCAAGAAGAGGUGA